AUGAGUAGCGAUCCUGAGACUCCUGAUGCUCCUGAUGGGCCGGAUCAUCAAGGCGAUGACCAGCUCGACACUGAUGCCGAAGACGAUGGGGGCAAUGACACCACAAUGCACGACGACGCAACUGGCAAUGAUACCAUGAUGCAAGAUGAAGAUGGUGGUAACGACAGCGCGAUGCAAGAGGACGAACAAGGUGGAGGGGAGCGGACCUUACAGAAUGGAAAACCCUACGCGGUGGCCGAAGAAGACACCAACUACAGUGUCUUCGUGAACCCUCCAGACCUCGCGCAGAUGCGCCAACGAUUCUUCGACCUGGAAGAACCGAUCGAGCUCGCAGUGGCAGACUUUGACGCAUACUUUCCAUUCGUCGACAACAUCUGGCGCAAACUGCGGGCAGGAGAGGCCCAGCCAGAAAGCAAUGUAAGAACGGACUACUAUGCCUGCAGACUACGCAGAGGUGCCAAUCAAAAGCCCCACGUACCACGCCCUACCCCAGAAGGCAAACAGACACGGAAGAAGAGAGCACGUGAUGACAAAACAUGCGGCAUGACCAUGAAAGUCGUCUACAACGCCGGGCCAGUCGAGAGUUGUACUGUUUCACGCGCGGUCGACAAGUUUCAGAAACACUCGCAUGACCUCGACUACAUUGAUUCGACCAAACGCAACUCGGGCAUCAUGGACACCGCGCGCCGAGAGGCAACCAAAGGGUUCCUGCCGGCCUCUAUUUUCUGGAAGAUGUGGGAGGAGCCUGACAAGAUGCUGGCAGCAGGCGGGAAAUUCAUGAAGGUAUCCGACGUGCGCAAUGUUCAAUACGCUUGGAGGCAGGGUAAUCAGCAGGCUGUAUUGAAGGCCCACCGAGGCUUCAACCAGACCCGCGCUCCUCGUCACCGACCACCGACGCCGCCCCAGCCUUUCCCGCCGGCGAUGCAGGCAGGAGUCUUCGGUCGAUUGGAACCGGUCAAACAGCAGGCAUCGACUCCUGAUCGACCAACGGUGUCCCUGGAUACGCUCCAAUACCCUCAACACGCAAGAGCUUUCCUCGAACCAUACCUGCCCGACCCCAGUCUCUCUGCUGCCCGAACCCGUCCUCAUGUCACUCUUACCUGGGCCAGCAGCUUGGAUAGCCGGCUCACUCAAGUGCCCGGUGUCCAGGUCGCCAUUUCCGGGCCGGAAACAAAGGCCAUGACACAUUAUCUUCGAAGUCGACACGAGGCCGUUGUAAUCGGUGUCACCACUGCCAUCGCGGAUGACCCAGCGUUGAACUGCCGACUUGCAAAUCCCUCCGGUUACGGUGGACUACCGGUAGAACAACAACCCCGACCAAUCAUCAUCGAUCCACAUGCCCGGCUCCACAUCCGUCCAGAGUUGAAGAUACUCAGAACCGCGGCAGAAGGUCGUGGGAAAGCACCCUGGGUUGUGGUCGCACCGGGCGCCAUGCUGCACCCUCUGGCGGUCAGCACCCUCAAAGCCCACGGCGGUGAGUAUCUGAUGAUCAACGACUAUCAUCCUCAAGCGGGAGGUCUGAACUGGGCCGGCAUUUUCAACGUGCUGUUCCGGGAAGGCAUCAAGAGCGUCAUGGUGGAAGGAGGUGGCACUGUUCUCUCCGAAUUGCUGAGACUGCGACAUGCCUACAUGAUUGACUCGGUCAUCAUGACCAUUGCACCCACGUUCUUCGGCAAAGCUGGUGUUCCAGUCUCACCCGAUCCGACGUUCGACGCCGCCGGCCGACCGAUCGCGACCAGACUAAGAAACGUCCGGUGGCAGCCGAUGGGCGAUUCUGAUGUCGUCCUUUGUGGUCAUAUGACGUUUGACCGUCCUACGAAUGGAAUCUUACCUGGCAUCGAGGAAUUCUCUCGUACCGCAACGGAGACACCGACCCAGCAGUCCAAGCAGCAGGCACAGGCACCUCGAGCAGCGCCACAUGUUCCAGGCCAGCCAUCGGUCCCACCACCAGGGCAACAGCAACCUCCAUCGGCGGCAACCACGGCCUCUCCAUCCCUGCAACCUAUGCCCCAGCAAUCCGCUGCGCCCUCUGCGCCCUCUGCGCCCUCACAACCGUCCCUUGCAGAAUCAGCAACAGUACCUACCACGGUUCCCGGCCCAAGUUGA